AUGAGUCAUACAAAGGCAGCAGCACGCAAGAACCCUCAGUCAAGAACACCAUCACCAUCUCCUUCACCAUCACCAACUCGUUCACCAUCACCUCCACCCAGACCAACACCUCAACAUUCUUAUUCAAAGAGAACAUUCUCUGACAACCUAUCAUCGUCCCCAGAGUCAACCCCCCCAACGAUUACACUUGCUCCACUCUCCAUCAUUCUUCCACCUUUAUUUCAAUGCGUUACUCUAUCGAUUAGUCCGGCUCCACCCCAUCUUCAAAAAACACUUAACACUUGUUCAAGUACUUCAUCUUCUAAACGAAGAUCAAUGCAAAUCUUGGCAGAUUCAGACAUUUCUGGUCCAUCAGUGUCACACAACUCUGCUCCUAUAGACUCUCUUCCUCAAAUUAACACUUCAUUCACCGCUUUAUCGUCGUUUAGCACCACUGCAGCACCAUAUCAAAAUACUCCUCUAUCCACUCCCAUUGAAGAUGAACAACGCCCAUUCAAAAGAAUAAAGAUAGAGAAGGAAACAUUUGAGACUUAUAAGGGAAUCCCCAAAAAUCUUUGCUACUCUUUAGACUAUCAUUGCUAG